CCCAGAUUCCCGAGCGCUCGGCUGGCAUGGCAGCCGCCUCUGCGCCGGGCCCCGCGGCCAGCUAGGGGCGGCUCCGCGCCUCCGCCCGGCCCCUCGGCGGAGCCCGUCGGAUCGGCCUCGGUCUGCGGCCCGGGGGCGCUUAGCCCUCCAGCGGGAGGUGUCUUCACGUCUGGCUGCCCAUCCGUCCGUCCCUCCUGGGGCCGGAACUGACCAUGCCCAGCGGCUGCCACUGCCUACAUCUCGUGUGCCUGUUGUGCAUCCUAGGGGCAGCCGGUCAGCCUGUCAGAGCCGAUGACUGCAGCUCCCACUGUGACCUGGCCCACGGCUGCUGCGCCCCUGACGGCUCCUGCAGGUGUGAUCCAGGCUGGGAGGGGUUGCACUGUGAGCGCUGUGUGAGGAUGCCUGGGUGCCAGCAUGGUACCUGCCACCAACCCUGGCAGUGCAUCUGCCACAGUGGCUGGGCAGGCAAGUUCUGUGAUAAAGAUGAGCACAUCUGUGCCUCGCAGUCCCCCUGCCAGAACGGAGGCCAGUGUGUGUAUGACGGGGGCGGUGAGUACCACUGCGCAUGCCUGCCAGGCUUCCACGGGCGAGACUGCGGGCGAAAGGCGGGGCCGUGUGAGCGGGCAGGUUCCCCAUGCCGGAAUGGCGGACAGUGCCAGGAUGACCAGGGCUUUGCCCUCAACUUCACAUGCCGCUGCUUGGCGGGCUUUGUGGGUGCCCGCUGUGAAGUGAAUGUGGAUGACUGCCUGAUGCGGCCUUGUGCUAAUGGUGCCACCUGUCUGGAUGGCAUAAACCGCUUCUCCUGCCUCUGCCCUGAAGGCUUUGCUGGACGCUUCUGCACUAUCAACCUGGAUGACUGUGCCAGCCAGCCAUGCCAGAGAGGGGCCCGCUGUCGGGACCGUGUCCAUGACUUUGACUGCCUCUGCCCCAGCGGCUAUGGUGGCAAGACUUGCGAGCUUGUCUUACCUAUCCCAGACCCUGUCACCACAAUGGGCAUUCCCCUAGGGCCCAUCUCAGCAGUGAUGGCACCUGCUACAGGGCCAGCCCCCCACAGUGCAGGGGCAGGUCUGCUGCGAAUCUCAGUGAAGGAAGUGGUACGGAGGCAAGAGGCCGGGCUGGGUGAGUCUAGCCUAGUGGCCCUGGUGGUAUUUGGGGCCCUCACUGCAGCCCUGGUCCUGGCCACUGGGUUGCUAACCCUGAGGGCCUGGCGCCGAGGUAUCUGCCCCCCUGGACCCUGUUGCUACCCUGCCCCAUACUAUGCCCCGGCCCAGCAGGACCAGGAAUGUCAGGUUAGCAUGCUGCCAGCAGGGCUCCCCCUGCCACCUGACCUGCCCCCUGGGCCUGGAAAGACCACAGCACUGUGAUGGAGGAGGGGGCUUUCUGGCCCCUUCCUUACCUCCUCCACACCUCAGACUGGAGUGGCCCUUUCUUGCCACCCCCCUGCUUGGGUACAUACCUGAGGGGACUUCAGCCUCACACCAGAAAUACUAUUUUUUUAAUACACAGAAUGUAAGACAGGAAUUUUAUCAAAUAAAACUAACGAAAAUGCAA